AUGUACAACCGUUGGAACUUCUGUAGUCAGGAACUUUAUGCGGUGCCACUCCUACAGCACCAUGGAAAGGCACCGGUUAGAACUCUUGAGGCACAAGAUUCUUCUCCUAGCUUUGGAAUCUCUGAAAAGACAGGUUCUGGAGGGUUUCCUAAGUGGUUCGGUGACCUCGAAGGCAAAGGAGACCCCCAGAGGAUCGACCUUUCGUCUCCCCUAUGUACCCAAGGCAGCUCCCAAGCUAACACGCCUCCCGCAGCCAGCCCGAGCGGAAGUGGCGGCUUGUCCGUCGGUCCGUCUUUCCGGCCUGUCGUCCGCCAACUUCCGGCGGCGGGUGGGCGCGCGCCAGGUAACGACCUUCUACGCCGAGGCUCGGCCGUCGGCGGCGUGUGGAUGGAGGCCUUGGCCCCGGGCCGGGCUCCGCGGGGACGGCGGCGGGCCAGGGCCGCGGGCUCCGUGCUCUCCACGCUGUCGGUGGCCGCCGUCCUGCUCUCCGCCUUGCUGCGGGCGCCCCCUGCAGUUGGAGAUUUGGCUCGAUUGCCAAGAGGUUUUCGCUUGACUCAGGAUUCACUGAAAAUAGUGGGAUCGUCACAUUUUCCUGUGAGUGUAUAUGUCAUGCUCCAUCAAAGGAGUCCACAUGUGCUAUGUGUAACCCAACGACUGAGAAACACUGAAUUGGUAGACCCAUCAUUCCAAUGGCAUGGGCCAAAAGGAAAACUUGUUUCAGAAAACUCCACUGCACAAGUGACAUCCACAGGAAGCCUCAUAUUUCAGAACUUUGAGGAGGCCAUGAGUGGGGUUUAUACGUGUUUCCUUGAGUAUAAACCGACUGUGGAAGAAACUGUUAAAAAUCUACAGCUGAAAUAUGUUAUUUAUGCUUAUCGUGAACCUCAUUUUUAUUACCAGUUCACAGCACGAUACCACGCAGCUCCCUGCAAUACUAUCUAUAACAUUUCUUUUGAGAAGAAACUUAUUCAGAUUUUAAGUAAACUGGUUCUUAACCUUUCCUGUGAAAUUUCCUUGCUUAAGUCCGAAUGCCAUCGUAUUAAAAUGCAAAGAGCUGGUUUGCAAAAUGAAUUAUUCCUCACAUUUUCAGUUUCAUCUAUAGCCACUGAAAAAGGAUCCAAGGCAUGUACAGACCAUACUUGUGAAUCUUCCAAAAGAUUAUCUAAGGCUAAAAAUCUCAUAGAGAGAUUUUUUAAUCAGCAAGUAGAAGUCCUGGGCAAACGCAUGGAGCCACUGCCUGAAAUAUAUUACAUUGAAGGCACCCUUCAAAUGGUGUGGGUUAACCGCUGCUAUCCUGGGUAUGGAAUCAAUGUCCUGAAACACCCAAAGUGCCCUGAGUGCUGUGGUAUGUAA